UUCUGUCCCCCGCCUCUUUUCCUCUUUCCACACAUCUUUCCACACAUCUAAAGCAAUGCUUCCUCAACGCCCCCCCUGGGUUGUCAAAGAUAUUGCUAACAUCUUAGGCCUCGACGAUGAAUCGGUGAAGCAAAUGAUCGUGCCCGACCUCGAGAGCCAGAAUAUUGAACCCAGGCUUCGCACACAUUUACAAGAUUUCUUAGGUCCCUCCCAAGCAGCAAAAGACUUCACUUCCCGUUAUCUCGCUCUACGCUUCCCAUCCCUCACCAACACUCCUUCUUCAGUUCCUAACACUCAGCUUACUCCCGAUGCCGAUAUACUCAAAUCAAAAGCAAAAGCGAAGACACCCGCUCAUGUCUCCACUCCCACUGCCGGUAGCAGCUCUGGUAUUAGUACCAAAGAGUUUGAGGCGGCGUUUGGCCCUGGUGGGAAGGUAUAUAUGAAAAAUAGGAAUGCCGACGAUACAUCUUUCCAAAUCGGAAGGUCUUCUCAACCAGGUGGGUCCCGGUCGGGAUCCAACACUCCUUUAUCCAGGCAGAGGCAAGGCGGGGCGAUAUCUGUCAGUAUCGUGGAAAAGCCCAAGUCAUCCGCGGGAGUCGGAAGUGGAAAAGGCAAGGGCAAAGUGGAAAAGAUUUGGGAUGUACCCAAGAGCAAAGAGGUCAAAAAGAUUGAAGCGAUCAUUGCAAGUUUGAGAAGUAUUCAGGAAAGUGGGCCAAAGCCCGGUGAAGGUUACAACUGUUUUUGUCAGGCUCGGAUGCACCCUCUAUCACCAUACACUCCUAUUUGUCAAACAUGCGCUCUCAUUAUCUGCAAGUUGCAUGCGCCUCAUCUUCCUUGCCCUUCUUGCGCCCAACCCCUUUACAAUCCCGCCCAACUUACCCGCCUCAUCCUCAAGGUGGAAACUGACCUCGAAGAUCAGAUGGAGAAGGAGCGUGUCGAAGAGCUGGAGCGUGAACGUGAGAGACAGGAAAUGUUGCAAGCAGAAAGCGGCGGUGGACAAUUUCCUAGCUUGGCCUCCGGGUCAGCUAGCGCAACAGGGACAAACAACGUACCCCUCGGAGGAGCCAGGAAAGUUAUCUCAAUUGGGGCAAAAGACAAGGGGAAAGGUCGAGCCACGGUUACCACUACCACGUACCGUACUGGGUCCUCUGCACCGUCUCCUCGCCUCACAACUCCACCGCCGGAGAAUAUCAUGCCUCGCCCACGUUCAAUACCUGUUGAUCGGAUUAAGGCCGAGAAGGAACUUACGAAGGUCCUCAGUUGGAGGAAGGAGGAAGGCAAGCCGUGGGGUGACAUGAAGGCAGAGAAAAGGGGAAAUGCAAUGAAAUAUGUCGGGGUGGACGUAAUUGUGAUGAGUCAAGUCAAUGAGAACACCAUGGGAAGGAGAAGAAAGGGAAAGCUGAAGACUGGAGAAGCAGGAAGGGUCGUACCAGGAGCUCAAACCAAAGCGUAAAUACCUUCGGAGUCGUUCUAUACUAUCCACCAUAUGGCCGGUAUGAUCUACUGCAGUAUAACGGAAGUUAAAUAUUGAUGGUAUUAUUAAAUGAAGGACGCGAAUCA